UGACUUGCCUUGAAACACCGUUAGAACAGAUUUAGGGCUGAACGACAAUCAGCAUGAAUAGCACAGGGGAUCGACAUGGAAAGCCCAACUUCACGUUUCCAUCUGACUGGAACAAUGAUGAGAAAAUGAACGUUAUGUUUGCGCCAUUCAGAGACAAAGGGAUGUAUCUUAAAUCGUGGGAACAGAAAAUGAAGUUCUGGACUAACUUAAUCAUUGAACGUUGCAAAGCUUGUGACGAAGUAAUAAUUGACAUUAAAACUCUUUCUCAUGUUUUCACGAGGAAAGGCAAGAUUCCCAAUGGGCUAGACACGGUGUUAACAGAAAUGGAAAGGAUGGGAAAGCUUAGGAGAGUCUCAGAUUAUGACAGCCAGAAUCAGGCAGGCUGGUUAGCAUGGGGGUACAACACAUUUGUCAAGAAUCCCUUCAUGUGGAGUGUGAAUAAACUAUUACAGAGGUCACCAGAUGAUGGAUCUGGUCAAUAUGUCGUUGUUGAAGUUUUGCAGUCAAAGGGAAGACAACUCUUACAGCAACAUCAUUCCCAUGUAGAAUGUAGUAUGCUGGACAAUGUGCUGGAAAUAUCAACACUGAAGAGGAAAUAUGGGUUCAUGUUUUCAGAUGACCAGACAUUCAACCUUGUCCUGCGUCAGCUUGAAAAAGACAGGAAGAUUUUAAUUUUCAAAACAGAAAAUAAUUGUACUGUUGUAAAAUUUGCUGAGAAAAAUGAAGCUUACGUUACACCAGUAAGAGAUAUUGAAACAAAGGUGUUCAGAAUUCAACAAACAAAUGAGAUGUUAGAGAAGGAAGCUGAGGUCCUUAGUAUCACCAUUGAAAAGUAUACAGAAGAAGCUAAGAUGUAUGUCAGGAAAGGCCUGAAGUCAACAGCAAUGAGUGUUUUAAGAAAAAAGAAGAAAACCCAGGCUUUACUGGACAAGAAGCUAGCGACUUUAGACAUCUUCCAUGGCUUGAUUGAGAACAUCAAAAACACGGUCUCAGAAAAAAUGGUGAUUGAGGCAUAUGAAGCAGCUACCUCCUCACUGAAGAGCUACAUGAAGACAAACAAGCUGUCUGUGGACAGAGUGGAUGAUGUUCUGGACAACUUACAGGAGGUUACUCAGGAUCAAGAGGAAAUUGCAGCAACCAUAGGAAACUUCCAGCCAAGUUCUUGGGAUAUGACACAAGAUGACUUUGAAGCUGAGUUAGACUCAAUAUUAGCUGAAGACAGUCCUGUCAAACCAGCUCAGCCUGUCUCGCCUGUCAAACCAGCCCAGUCGGUCUCACCUUCCAAGCCCACCAAUGUCAACCAGUCAGAAGAUGAUCUGAGUUCACUUGAGGGCAGGCUCAGGAGUCUCUAUCAACCAGAAACCACCCUUCAAUUGCCCGAUGUGCCGAACUUUCAGCUGAACCCUAGAAAUUCAGAGAGGCAGGAAGAGCCUAUGAUCUUGUCAUGACAGUGAAGUGAUGUGUGCCAUCAAGAUGUAGUUGACUAUUGACUCUGCCAAGCAAAAUAAGCUUUGAUCUUCUCGUGAAUAAAGAGGACUGCAUCUUGUGUGAGCUUCGAUCCUGGCAUGAAAUGUGAUAAAUGCUUGAAACCCUGGCUCCUAAUAAAUGUAUUGUGAUUGUGAUAAGAAAUCAAGAACUUCUAGAGUCAGAUGAGGUGAGAAAGAGCCAAUGUUUUCAGAAUGAGAUGACCAUAAUCACUGAGAUUUCAGUGGAGAUAUAUUUUGGCUUUAGUGCCUACUUUGUCUAAAUGGUAACUUUGGGUACACAUGAAGGGCACUAUUAAGAAGUUUGUAACCCAUGAGGCGAUAACUGUGCACAUAAAAAAUUGGUUGAGCAAAAAAUCGGAGGCCUCAGAUGCUGU